UUAUUACCCGGCCGUCUCUUGGAUUCCUCUCCCUAUUACAAUUUAUACGCUCAUCAUCUCUUCCAAAAGCUCUUUCCUUCUUAUAGAAAGAGGUGAAUUAAACAACUGGAAUGGCUCUUCUCACUUUCUCAUCGGAAGCCAAGGAGGCCAAGACAACGCCGUCCUCCAAGCGGAUGAAGAAGCAGCAGAAACAGAAGAAGCAGAAUGAGCCCUCGUCUUGGGACCAGGUCAAGAACAUACUCAGCUGCAACCAGAUCGAAGGGUCCAAAGUUAUCGACCCGUCAAAGAACACUCCGCAGCAUCAUGGCAACACCAAACUCGGUUCCUCCUGCAGUUCUAUUUCCAGAUUUAGGGACGUCGUUAAUGGAAACACUAGGGUUGUUCAUAGGGCCGAUAACUCACCGGAGAGUAGCUCGUUGGGUCAAGAAACCAGGUUGCUGGCCCGGAAGGCGCUAUCUGGGUCUUCUUCAUCACGGUCUCUAUCGGCAAGAUCCAGCGGAGGUGGCAGCGGGGGAAGCGGUGGAAGCCAUACCUCUUCCAGAGCCAUGCAAUUCCGGAAGCUUUCUGGUUGUUAUGAAUGUCACAUGAUCGUUGACCCAAGCAGGUAUCUAGUUCCAAGAACCACCAUAUGCGCCUGUUCUCUGUGUGGAGAGGUAUUUUCAAAGAUUGAAAGCUUGGAACUUCAUCAAGCUGUUCGCCAUGCUGUUUCGGAGCUGGGUCCGGAGGAUUCGGGUCGAAACAUUGUGGAGAUUAUCUUCAAAUCAAGCUGGUUAAAAAAAGACAAUCCCAUUUGCAAAAUCGAACGGAUAUUAAAAGUCCACAACUCUCAGUGCACGAUCCAACUGUUCGAGGAUUGUCGAGACGCAGUCAAGACUCGUGCUCUCAACAGCACCAAGAAACACCCCCGGUGCGCCGCUGAUGGCAACGAGCUCCUCCGGUUCUACUGCACCACCCUCUCCUGCUCCCUUGGCUCCAAAGGCUCUUCCAGCCUUUGCGGCUCCAUCCCUGGAUGCGGUGUCUGCACCAUCAUUCGUCAUGGAUUUCAAGGCAAGGGCGGAGGAGCCUCCACACCCGCUGGUUUCAAGGGAGUCAGCACCACGGCCAGCAGUGGCAGGGCACACGAUUCUCUGAUGAAGCAUACGGAUGAACGAAGGGCCAUGAUAGUUUGCCGCGUGAUCGCGGGAAGAGUGAAGCGAGUAGCGGACGAUGCGCCAACGGAAGAGGAAAACGUUGUGUCAGCCGGACCGUACGAUUCCGUAGCCGCGUACACCAACGCCGGGAUGUACUCGAAUCUGGAGGAGCUUAUCGUUUUUAAUCCAAGGGCCAUCUUGCCUUGCUUCGUAGUCAUUUACAAAGCACUCGAAUCUUGAUCAAAUCUUAGAACGCUAUAUCAACGGUUGGACUAGCAGUAGUGUGUACAUAUUCUUGAUUGUGCAUUCUUUACCCAAUUUUAAUAUAAUAGUAGUAAUUUAGUAGGAGAAUGCUGUAAUGCACCAUCAACGAAGGGUUUGCUAAGGUGAAGUGCAAAUGAACUCCACUUCAUCUU